AUGCCGUAUUCGUUGGUUGUAUGGGCACUUGGUGCUUAUCCUGUAGUGCGAGAAUAUUAUGAUAUUGAAAUGUCUUUGUUUGUACCUUUAAACGCGGAAGAAAGGGAUUUAGAGACUCAAGCGGUUUUUGAAAAGGAUAAUUUUUUUUGUGUCGGUGGUAAAAUUAUUCCUGGGUUUUAUAAUGGUAGUAAAAGGGCGAAGGCUGUUGAAUCAAACAAAUGUCCUUUAAAGGUGUCUUUGGUUGGAGUUCCGCAGGAGAUUCCAUGCGAGAUUAAAGAUGAUACUGUCAUUAAGACAUUAGUGACUGAUUUUUCUGGACAGGAUAUGAUUCGUCCUCAUGAAUAUGUUAAUUAUGUUGAUACGCGGCUUAACAGUAAGAAGAAAGUUUUGGAUGGAAAUGUGUCUCAAAAUUCUUCAGUUUUUAAAAGUUCGAUUCGUUCUAGACUUUUAGCCAGUCAUCAAAAUAUGGUUGGAGAUUCUGAAGAAAAGUUAGAUAAUGGAACUUCGGUUGAUUCGAAUGAUUUUGCAAAUAAUUCUCAUUUAGCGAAACGUGCAAGGGUUGAUGAUUCUGAUGAGUUUUUUGAUGGAAGUUCGGUAAAUCUUGAAUAUGAAUCUUGUACAAAGGUGGUGAUUCUUUAUCUGAUUGCGAUGAAGAAGUAG